AUGGUUAAAUCCAAGAAAACUAAAAGCACUCAGGGACAAAAUUCGGGGUUUCUCUUUCCUUCCAACACCAUCAUCUCUUCUAAUACUGCCAAUUCUCAAAUUCCUGCAAUUCCUGGCAAUGAUGAAAAGUAUGCAAGGUUCCAUACUUUUUGGUUUAAAGAAGUUAUGACUAGAGAGCAUAAUAAACAUUGUACUAAUGCACUUAAGGCAUUAAAACGUCACCCACAUGCAACACCUUUUCUUGAACCUGUUGAACCAAUCAAGCUCAACAUCCCUGAUUAUCUUGAUAUUGUUAAAAUUCCAAUGGAUUUAAGUACAGUUGAGAAAAAUCUUAAUAACUGUGUAUAUAAAUGUGUUCAAGACUUUGUAGAUGAUGUUUGUCGCAUCUUCUCCAAUUGUGUCAUUUACAAUGGUAAACAUCACCAGUUUUCUCAAUAUGCUAAAGAGUUGGAAGAAAUAUUUAUUGCACAACUCUCUAAGAUGCCUGCUACAGAAUCCUCCUCUUCUUCUUCUAAACCAACCAAUAAAUUAAUCAAAAAACCUGUUAUAGAGACUGCCUUUCCUUCCACUGUUAAAACUGACAAUGCCGAAGCAAAUAGACCAAAAAGAACAAUCAAAUCUCCUAACAAAGAACUUCCUCAUAUCACUCAAACUUCCCGUCGUAAAAAAACUAAGAAAAAUGCUGAACUCAACUUUUGUCGUUCAGUCUAUCAAGAGUUGAAAAAAAAACAACAUUAUGCAUAUGCUUAUCCUUUCUAUGAACCUGUCAAUGCUGAAAAAUUAGGUGUUCCUGAGUAUUACAAUAUUAUAAAAACUCCUAUGGAUCUUUCCAUGAUAAGUACCAAAUUAGAAAAUGAAACAUAUACUUCUGCUGAAGAUUUUGAAGUAGAUAUCCGUUUGAUGUUUGAAAACUGUUACAAAUUCAAUCCUCCUGGUACUGAAGUUUAUAAUAUGGGUAAACAACUUGAAAAAGCAGCACAAGCGAUUUUUUAA